UGACUUCCAUCAGGUCGAAAUGAAACGCGGCCAAGCAGAAGGACAAGGACGCUGAUAUAACUCAAGAGAGGACGAUAAAGCUGAGAUGCUCGAGCAGAUAUUCAACCAUUGCCAGCAGGGGAUUUGCGCCGCUUUUAUCGCUGCAUGCUUGUUUUAAUGCACUUAAUGACGAAGUCAACAACGGAGGAAAUCAAAUCAGCCUGGCACUGAUCACGGAAUCGAAACACAGAUGCAACGGUUCUGUGUUAUUCACAGGAUUACCAAAACAGAGUGUGUCCGCAUCAUCACCUGAGAAGCACAGGAGAGACUUCAGGACUUGUUAAACUGUCCAUAUAAGAUCCUAUGAGUGCAGCUUUCAGUUCACCGUUCAUGAUGAUGCAGCGUCCGGUGGGAAGCACCACUGCAUUCAGCAUCGACUCGCUCAUCGGAGGUCCACCGCAGCCCAGUCCGGGACAUUUCGUGUACACGGGCUAUCCCAUGUUCAUGCCAUACCGGUCAGUGGUGCUGCCUCCGCCGCCUCCGCCACCUCCUCCGACCCUUCCUCAGAGCGCUCUUCCCGCGACGCAUCCGCACCACCCCAUCCCGGGUUUACCCAGCGGGUUCUGCUCCAGUCUGGCGCUCACAUCCACUCUUAUGGCCUCUCUACCCGGCGGCUUCUCCGCCUCGCAUUCUCAACAGCACCAGGACGCAGCGAGGAAGCUCGGACCUCAGUCUAUUCACGCCAUGUUCGAGCAAUCUCAGGAUAUUCGUUUGGAUGGAGAGGAUGUGAAAACUUUUCCGAUCACGAAAGAGGCAACGGCCCUUCAGUCAUUCCACGACUCCCAGUCGGUGCACACCUCCACAGGUCGAGGUCACAGCAAAGACGACACGAAGGAGAAUGAGUGUCACAGGAAAGAUGAGAGCUUCUCCAUGGACAGUGAUUUAGAUUACAGCUCCGACGACAACGCGCCCGGGAACACCAUGGGUCAAAAAGACGACGGAGACGCCAGCGGAGGACUGGACGAUAGCGUCCACGGUGGGAGUGGUUCCGGGAACACCACGUCCACCGGGAAAAACCGGAGAAGAAGGACGGCUUUUACGAGCGAGCAGCUCUUAGAACUGGAGAAGGAGUUUCACUGUAAGAAAUACCUGUCGCUUACGGAGCGCUCACAGAUCGCACACGCCUUAAAACUCAGCGAGGUGCAGGUCAAGAUCUGGUUUCAGAACCGGAGAGCCAAGUGGAAACGGGUCAAAGCGGGCAACGUGAACUCCAAAACCGGAGAGCCCUCCAGAAACCCGAAAAUCGUGGUGCCGAUUCCGGUGCAUGUCAGUCGGUUUGCGAUACGCAGCCAACACCAACAGUUAGAACAGGUCCGACCUUGAUACACCACCGGGUUCAGUUGGGGACCAAGAGCAAUGACAGAGACAGGACACAGAUGAACAAAUACAAACAUGACCAAACUGCUCUUGAAAAAGCAGAUGUUGCUGAGGAACCCAAGAGGAACCUGUUUAAACGAGCUGUCGGAACUCUACUCUGCCCGAAACACCUCGUGCUGGGAGAAACUGCAGUUUUAUUUCCAACUGUUUUGGAAAUCACGCACACAUUUAGGUUCACGAAUCUCCACUAUGUAUUUACAAAGCAAAAAAAUCAAGUUUAUGUUUAGUUUUGUGUGACUGUCUAGUACAUGUGUUUUGGCAGAGGUGCAUAUUAUCCUAAAAGGAGCACUUCUGGUCUCUGCUGAAGCACACAAAAUAAUUGGACUAAUGCUGAAAUUAAUUCCAUUCCCUUGAAUUUAUAAAUCGAGCUGUUCAAUCUGUGCCCUUUAUUUUACAUGGUGAAUAUACUUUGCAUUUCUA